ACGCAUGCGCCCUCAUGCGCCACACAUUGCAAUCAGCUGUCAAAAAGAACUUUUUCACGUAAAAAACAAAAUUAUUUGUGUCUUGUCUUUAAAUAAUUCCCGUCAAUAUGGCGGGGCAAAAUCCAGGAUCGCCAACUGAUUUUCAAUAUUUUUACGAGGAUGAAGUGUAUAAAAUCAACAAUCGUGGUCAAGUGGUCUUCGGUCUGGUUUUGGAGAACUAUGAAGCCAACUCAAGUGAUCAGGAGAGCGACAUUGAAACACCUAUACAAAAAGGAGAAAUUCGCGUUGUCUGGCAUCCUUCAGGCACCGAACGGGUGAUUUCAGAGAAGUCGUGUUAUUCUCAGGUGGGAUUAGCGGACCGUUCGCUCAUGCCGGGCGAUGUAGUACGUCGUCUUAUCGCAGGCAAAGACACCCAGCGUGGCUACUGCCGAGAUAUAGUCAUGACGGCCGCUUUACAGAUAGUGGGCACUAAACAUGUGAUCCCCAAUGUGGCCAGCGAGAGACUACAGCCCUUGGAGGAGUUUACACCAGAUCUAGCUGUGUGUCUCGAAUCUUGGGUUGGGACUUCUAAGGCUGUCCACAGUAAACUCCGCCUAGUAUCAGCGGACGGUUCUCGCUUGGAAUACCCAGAUCUAGACACGUGCCCCUUGGAAGACUACUCCAUGCGUCGUCGCCGGGCCACAACCUACUCCUCAUCAGAGUUCUACCCGGGACAGGUGGUGUAUGGACCUCUGGGGACCUUGGAUAACGCCAACUGGUUGCACAUGACCAAGGAAAUGAAGGCCGCUCGGAAACAUAAGAUGCAUGAUCAUAAGUUCACGGUGGAGGCGGUGGUGACGGAGAGCGUGAGCGUGCACUGGCAGUGCCGCGCGCUGUGCACGCACUUCCCGGAAUCUGCCGCGCCUCAGCAGCCCAAGAUCCUAGUCGAAGGUGAAGAUCUGAAGAAGCUGAAGCUCCUGAACGUGUUUGAGCCGUGCACACUGCAGGUCGGUGAUCGCAACUUCCUCACCAUCGGCUCCGAGGACACCUUCAUCAGCAAGAAGCAGUGGAGGAAACAACAGAGCAAAUACUACAGGAAUCUCCGUAAACAAACCCGCCCCGUCAAGAAAUCUUCAAAGACUGAUACUAACUCGUCAGAACAGAUUCCGUCGCGACCCAAGAAGCGUGCUUCGUCACACAGAAAACUGAAAGCUGCUGAAGUUAGUCACAACUCCACACAGAAUGAUAUGGAAGUGGAUGGUCGGGAUGACAAACUGGAAUCUCUGGACGACGCUCUCCGGGAGGCGGCCAACUGUCCCAGCAUCAAGAUCGAGCCCACGGGAGACGUGUCGCUGCCCAUCGUGAGUAGCAGCCAGGAGGAUACUGCUACUGAGGAGAAGAACGACUCUGGUAUCAGUGGGCUAAGUAAAUCCCACACACGCAGCCCGGAGCCGGCGCGCGAGGCGAGCGACAAGGGCGUGCUCAACGGCGAGCGCGCCGACCCCAACGACGAUGACUCCGACAACUGGGAGAACACCAGCAGCGAUGGCAGCGACACGGAUAGCGGUGCGACCUGGUCAUCCCGUUGCUCAUCAGCAGCGUCAGGGUCCGGAAGAGGCGCUAGAUCUCCCCAACUGGCUGUGAGACUACUCCGAGGCAAGAGGUUGAAGCGAGCCGCCCGCAGAGCGCCGCCCGCGCCUCCACCGAGACGCAGCGCCCGCGUCGUGGUCGAAACACUGCAUACCACCAGCCGAGCCAACGUCGUGUGGCAGGAUGGAACAAUAGAAAUGGGCAUACCAUCAACUCAACUUUAUCCGAUACACCAUUUGGAUGGACAAGAAUGUUUUCCGGGCGAUUUCGUCAUCAACGGGGCAGCUAAUGUUGAAGAAAACCAACAAUUAAAACACCGUGAGUACGGAGUGGUGCAGCGCGUGGACCACCACGGCCGCACGGCGAUCGUCAACUGGUACCGCACCUACACGAGCUCUGAGGAUCCCGUGCCACAACUACUGUACGAGAGCGAAAUGAGCGUGUAUGAUCUGAAAGACCACCCGGACUUCCAGUACCGGCCGGGGACCGUCGUCAUCCGCGUCGCCAACUUCACCGGCGAAGACGCCAACUGCACUGCGGGACAGGUCAUAGACAAUUUCCCAACUGGACGUGUCAAAGUGUGGUGGGUUGAUGGACACACGAGCAUGUGCUGGCCACAGGAUCUUUAUAAGGUCUUACAGGUUGGCGAGUACGAUUCCGAAGACGGCGAGUUUUUGGGCUCCGACGGGUCGGGAUCGGAAGACUCGUGGGAGACGCAGAGCUCUGUGCCCGAGCCUCGCACCCCUGACGUGCCGCCUCCUGCGAGGGCCACCAGUGAAGUACACCCCCUGCAGCCAGUGUUCGCAAGCAGUCCAAGCGAGGAAACAGCGCUAGUGCCAGCAGAUAUUACAGUCCCAAAGUUGCUGGAGCCACGGGUGGCCGCGCACAUCGAACGCGGACGAGUGGCCAUGCGACGCCUCGAGGAGAUGUUCGCCAAGCAGCCUACGCUGCAGAGCCAGGAGAUAAUGCGGAAAUUGCUAAACCUGUACAAAGACUGUCGAUUCUUGGAUCGAUUGAUGGGAACCACUUUCUUUCAUGAGGACCACUUUUUGGGUUUGCUAGAACGCGUACGCGAACGCGGCGCGAGCACGCCGCGCGCGGGCGAAAGGCGCGUACACGAGCAAUUCGUGCGGCUCUUCACGCCCGGCGGCGCUGACGACCCUCCCUCCGAGCCGCCGCUCGACGAGCUCGACACCAUCAUGGUGGACGAUAAGCCCUUCAAACCCAUUAUAGUCGCCAAUGUUACUGUGGAACCUAUGGAGGUAGAAAUAGAUUCACCAAAGAAAUCUCUCUUUUUGAACAUCGAACCUGCUCAAUCGUCAAGUUCGGGAACUAAUUUUGCUCAAGAGAAUGCCACAGCAGAAAACGCGGGUGCUGUCGCGGACGCGGACGGCGAGGGCGGUGCGCGGAACGUGUGCUACAAGCUGUGCGCGCUCAUACACCGACAGCUUGUCAAAGCGCACGCCGAAGUCAGCCGGAGAAGGCCGAUAGAGCUGGCCGAAUUCCUUAACAGAUUAAUGAAAAAGCAAAACGCGACCGCAGAGAACUUACCCUACCACUUUUCAAUUCAAUACGGUGCACUGGUAGUGAGUAUAGCUAACCAAGACGGCGACGCUGGCGAAGGCAAAACUAGCAAUACGGACGCCAAGGAGGCUUCUACCAUCACUGCCACGAAAACUGAAGGGAAUGCGCCGUCACCAUCACCAGCUGCUGGUGAGACUGCACCAUUGGCGACAGCGGAAGGUGACAUAGACCCUGAAGCAACACUGGAGAAGCCCAAUGACGGAGAAGGGUUCAAUAUACUGGAGUCCGCGCCCGCGUCGCAUCGGUUCCGUCUGUCCAUGCUGCAGCCUUCCGAGCCGAGGAUCUUCUACUCGGCCGUUAAGCGGGAGAUGAAGCUGCUAAAGAGCGAUCUGCCUCCUGGGGUGUGGGUCCGUGGCUACGAAGACCGCAUCGACCUCAUAUCGCUGAUGAUAGCGGGGCCCGCGCGCACGCCGUACGAGGGCGGCCUGUUCGUGUUCGACGUGCAACUGGGCGGGGAGUACCCGCGCGCGCCGCCGCUGUGCCACUACCACUCUUAUUGCUCCGAUAGACUCAACCCCAACCUGUAUGAAGAUGGCAAGGUGUGCGUGUCUCUACUGGGCACGUGGUCGGGGCGCGGCGUGGAGGUGUGGGGCAAGGACUCGUCGCUGCUGCAGGUCAUCGUGUCUCUGCAGGGGCUCAUCCUCAACGCCGAACCCUACUUCAACGAGGCGGGCUACGAGAAGCAGAAGGGCACACAACAAGGCACGGAAAACUCCCGCAUGUACAACGAGAUGGUGCUUCUAAAACUAGUCCAAUCCAUGACGAAGAUGCUCGCGAACCCGCCCGAGCCGUUCCGCGAGGAAAUACUGCAACACUUACGCACUAACUCCGCAGAUCUGUGCCGCCGUUUGGAGGGACUCGUGGCCCUCUCCAACGGCGAGCCCACGGAUGUACCUCCCCCGGAUUACCCAUUAAUUCCCGCUUCUAGAGGAUUCUGUCUCACCCUACGUUCCUCGCUUGAGUCGUUCCGCAACGCGCUCCGUCGCAACGACAUAAAUGUACCCGCUUCCAACUUAUAGCCCAGUUUGUAGCACUAGAUAGCUUUAGAAACUAAUUGUACCCUUUGUGGGGUUGCCAAAACUUCUAACACUCAAUGCAUACUUAUACCAAAUACACUCAUAGUCUAUGGUCGGUCAUGACUGUCCUAAUGUACAGUCAAAGACCGUAAUUCGUUUAGCACAUUAAUUAUCAUAUUCGCGUGGCACGGUUAUGCGCUCUUAUUACGUUUUACAGUACAUUUCGCAUUCAUAUUGUUUAAACACACACAAUGUGCGUGGCCUGCUUAUAGAAAAAGGACAUAAGUCCGACUGGUAUUUGAUGCAAUAGUUAUAUAUCUACUCUAUACUUGUGACUUACAACAAGACACACACACACACAAAAAGUUCGAAACAAAAAAGUGCUCACACGUUUACAUACAACUGCCCAAAAAAGGAGUAUAAUGUUUUCGGGGGUUAUGUGAGUUUCUCUAUUCUACCAUAACUCCUAAAUGCCUCAACCGAUUUGGAUGUAUGGGAUAUCUUUAGAAUCCUUACAUCAUCUGUAAUGAUGUUUUAUAUGCUAUGUUUUUUUUUUAUUUGGUAUGGCAGGGCAGUCAUAUUAAAAAAAAUAUAAUGAGACUUGUUCGUUUAACAGGGCAUGUUUAUUGCAUUGUCUGUUGGGUACAACUGUAAUUGCACCUUAGUAUAAAAGUCUUAGUGAAUUUAUUAUUGCUCUCUAAUACAAUGCCGCUCGGAUUUUUAUUUAUGACCUUGGCGAUUAGUAGUCUUGCUUGUAUAGUAAGUCAAAUUAGUUCAGAUCACCAUACAUUACAUAACAAGAUAAAACUAAAAAAUACGCGCUGGAUUGAGAGUCCUGCUUAAAAAUCGCUUUAAAGGCUAAGGCAUACCCAAAUACUGCUCUAAAUAUAAAACAAGCAAUGGUUCACUUUUCAUAGAUUAUUUUAUAUCCGUAUCUGCAAAGUACAACUUUGUACUAAAAUCCAGUCACCGUAUUGGAUUUGUCAAGAAAUAAUUUAAUUUAUGAGCCCUUACUAGCCUUCGCGAAAUGCUUAGCCGACGACAAUCUUAUUGUUUACUAGCUUUUUCCGAGAUUUCGUUCGCGUAAUUAAUAUCUUUAGCAUUCGAGGAUAAUGUAACUGUGUAUCAGUGAAAGAAUUUUCAGAAUUGGAUCAUUCGGGAGAUUACCCCUUGAUGUAACUUACAUACCUCUUAAUAAUAUUAGUGUAGAUCAAAAUGAAAUGAGUUGAUUACUUACGAGGGUAUAAAUCGUGCGCUGAUAAUUAGAAUUGUUUCAAUGAAAACUAUUAAGUACUAAAAUAAUUGUUUUUUUUUUAUAUUUUACAUAUUUCAAAAUACCUAUCUAUUAAUUAUUAUUUGCAUGUAAAAGAGCAAAAAUCGAUUAUUGAUAUCGAUAUUUACUUACAAUUAAAAUAUGAGUCAUGUCAUUCGAUUUCAAAUGAAUCUAUAAUAAUUGAAUUUGGCAACCCCAUUUUAUAGUUAAGAGCGCCGAGCGUAAUCGUUAUCCGCAAAAUAGCCAAGGAGCUGGUGGCAGUAAAGUUUAAAGGAUUUUAUCUUCAGACUGAUUUAUUUGACUAUUUAUUGAAAUCACAUCAUAAAUGUUAAAAAUGUUAAUUCGGCUACUUCUUUAAGUGUAUUAAAAAUAUUCUGAAACUAGAUGAUGUCCGCGACUUCGUCCGUAUGGAUUUAGGUUUUUAAAAAUCCCGUAGGAACUUUGCGCUUCUCCGGAUCGAUCGGAUAGCCUAUAUCCGGGAUGCUAGCUAUCUUUGUAUCGGUUAAACGGUUGGACUGUAGCAGACAGACAAACAUUUUCGUAUUUAUAUUAGUAAGGAUUAUUGCCGCCUUGAAUUUAAUAUUACUUGAUUUUGUCUACGGCUUCGCCCGGAAAUCUGGGGGCUACGGUUUAUUCAUAUUUAAAAAACAAAACAAACUUUAAUAACAUUAAAUUCGUAUUAUUAAAGUAAAAAAUAUAUCUGAUUGUUUUCUGUAUUCACUCCUUUUUUAGGGUUCCAUACCUCAAAAAGAUAAACGGAACCCUUAUAACGGAUCACUUUUUUGUCUGUCUGUCUGUCUGUUAUGGUAAUGAAAAGGUAAUGGUGUAUAGUCGGUUUUUGACAAGCUUAUAAACAAGAGUUUUAAGUAUUGGGGAUAAAAUCCUGUACGUAAUUCAACCGCCAGCUCUUUCAAUAAUAUACUCAGUAAUCACAACAGUCCAGCUAGUUUCGAUUCACACGCGAAAAGACGUAACAACCAAUACACAUACGAACAUUUUGUAGUUAUAGUAUUUAUUGUGAUUGUACUUUUCGGAUGUAGAAAAUAUAUUUUAGAUGUUCGAAAGCGAGUGAUAGGUCUCGUUAUUGUUAUUAUUGAUAUUAGUAUUUUCGCUGAUCAAUACCCUGCCAUUUACGAUCGAUUUGUUUAGAAAUGAACCAAAAAUGAAAAAGUAAUUUAUUGUAAAAGGUAAUCGGGCAUUUUGGACCCGCUUUACGAAAAGUUGCGAAUAUGAACCAAAAUAGUUAUAAAUCGAACAUAAUAUUGUAACCUUUUUGUAUAUAUAAAUAUUGGAUCCAAAAUCAAUGCCGGAAUAAGGUUAUUAAAUAUGGAAAACAAUAUAAAUCGAUAGCUUUCUUUCGUGGUACAAAAAUUAUUUGAAUUUUUUCGUAAUUCUCAUGACCCACCAUAACGCGACCUACUCGUAUGUCAUUGAAGAUCAGAGUCGUAUUUGAAUACAUACUGUUAAUUUCGCUUUACUAACAGCUUGUCAGUGUUAUAAGAAUCGUGGUUUGUUCAUUCGUAUUAUCUAGAUACAAUCACUAGUUUUAGAUUCCUACCAUUUUUUAUAGAUAUUAUAAUAGGUAACGUAGCAGAUUCUGUUGUAGACAAUCUCUACAAUUGACAGGGUCUAGUGUUAUCCUUUUCCGUAGGGAGCAAUAUGAAUGAGAUAGUAAUAUAUUUACACCUGUCACUUUAGAGACUGUAUGCAACAGAAUUAGCCACAACUUUGUUUGGAUAUUUCUAAACGAAUCGCGUCGAUUCACCUUGCAUAUUACAUUCGAAUUUGUUUCUCAUAUUGCUAGAUAAUAUGAAAGUUAACAGUUCGAUUCAGUAAAUAAAUAUUAUUCAUUAAAUUGUAAUAAAAUAAAUUAAUAGGAAUGUUUCGAUUUUAUUGUAAUUACUAUUAGAACUAUUAAUUAGUUAUUAUUAAUGCAUGAUUAUAAUAUUAUUAUUUAUUUUGUUUAAAAAUAAUGUCUAUUUUUUUAAUAAUUCGACGUCUUGUUAUUUUAUUACAUUAUACGUGUACUUAUUUUGAAAUAAAGGCCGGUGCAAACGAACCGUUGCGAUGCGAAAGCUUAAAGAUAUCGGAAAAUAUUAUUGUAGAAGGCAAAGUUUAUUUUUGUGGAACCCGAGCGGGAUUCUACCUGAGUGUAGCGAGGGAUUCAAAGGCACAAGAAACAAAAACUUUGCUUCGUGUGAUACAUACAACUUUUCACUUCAUUAGUUCAAAAAGGGCGCCUUUGCUGUCUAAAACCAGUGAGCAAAAGUCGUUUUUGCUCUUUGACUUUGGCUGAUUGGUUUUAGACAGCAAAGAUGCCCAUUUUUGAGCUAGUGAGGUGAAAAGUUGUAUAUAUCACACGAUAGCAAACUUUUGUCGGCUAUACAGUGAACAUUUGCUCAAAUCAAAAUGUUUCUAUCUUCCCUAUUAGCUCGUCUCAACAGAUAUAGAAACAUUUGAUAGCUUAUUGUUCUGCAUAACUUCCCUACUUUACAAAUACAAAGAAAUCAAAAUAAACUAUGGCGGCUGGAUAUCAGGCAUUUUCAGCUCCGGGCCGUAGCUUGGAAAUAGAUAGUCUAGUGGGUCAAGUCCUUUAUAAAGUUGCUACAAAUAUUAUGGCAAGAUUCCGACAUUGGCUAUUUCUGUAUAAACCGUGCCUAAAACAACUUUCUAAACGAAUUUUAAUUGUUUCCCAUGUGUGAAUGAUACAAUAUAUUAUACUGUAAUGAUAUGAUUUUUGAUGAGAUGAAAUGUAUGGUUAGGAGAACUCAUUCUUCUUCAUAAUAUAAUUAUUAUAAUUUUUAUUAUGUUUUUUAGUUGUUUCGUUUUUACAGUGAAAACUAUUAAUUUAUAAUAUUAUGUAAAAUAAUGUGUUAUAUUAUGUAAUUUGCUAUUGUUUAAAUAGUUUGGCGCUGUUAUAAAACAACUUGUAACAUAGGUACCUACAUAGUUUGUUUAAAAAAUAUUGUUCUUUUAUGUCAUCAAUAUUAGCAAGGUUUUGCUGUAUAGAACAUUCACAACAUACAGUUGUAUAGAAUCUCUAAAAUGAAAUCAAUAAGUGUAAAAGUAAUGCUGUUUUCUGUGUAGUACAGAAGUUGUGUAUCUAGUGCUAUCCUUUUCCGCAGGAAGAACCAUGAAAGAGACAGCGAUAUAUUUAGACCUCUGUCUUUUGAGAUUAGAGAUUGCUUACAACCGAUUUAGCACGAUUGUAAACACGAUCUCUAAACUAAAUUGAUAGAUCUAAUCUAGCACUAUCCUUUUCCGCAGGAAGCACCAUGAAAGAGACAGCGAUAUAUUUGAGAUUGUUUACAACCGAUUUAGCACUACUAUGGCACAGCCUCUAAUCUAAACUAACAAUCUAAUCUAGUGUUAUCCUCUUCCGCAGGAAACAUUAUGAAAGAGAUAGCACAAUAUUUAGAUCUAUCAUUUCAGUUUAGAUAUUGCGUAGAACCGAUUAUCAUCAAUGUUUAUUUAAUGCAAUGCGCGUAUACUCUAUUAAAUAAAAUAUAUGAAAUUUCUGCUGUCAGUUUAUUAUAAAAAUUGGUCAAAAAUGUUUUGCCGUGCGCCGAUUUCUAUCCAAUAGUUGACAUUUUACUGUUUAUUACAGUAAAUGUUGACAACAGGAAUUGAAAUUGUAUUAUAUUUGUAACAUUACCCAGUGUACUGUUGUGCUAUUUUAGUGUUACCAAACUUUGAUACGUUGCGCUAAUCGUUUACUAAUUGACUAAUCAUGUCCUUGGCGUAAUACAAACAGUUUUAGCAUGGCUACCAAUAAGGAAACAGGCAAAUUCCGAUUAGUUUUUUUUACUAAAACUUGUCGAUGCUUUUGCUCUAUCUAUUUGGUUACUCGAAGUGUGACGCGAAAACGGGAGUGUCUGCUCCGCCGCGCUGUUUGCCAGUCAAUCCUUCGCGCGGUACGGUACCAAUCAACAGAUACAUCGCAACCACCUGUCGUCCAAAGCUAGAGAUCUUUUUACUUGAAAUGACACUUAUAAAGAGUGUUUAUAUUAGUAAAUUAACCAUGUAAGCUAUUUACGUGAGUAAAACUUGCAGAUGUGAUUGCGGCCUUAUGAUAUUGACCAAUAUCGGUUAGGAUUGUCGUAAUGCAAUUCUCUAGUUUGGUAACACACGGGCUGUUGUUAAAAUAGGAACGUUUUCAUUAGUGCUAUAGGAUUGCCCUCGGUGGGUGUAAGGCGCUUGCACAAAUACGAUGUAACUUCAUGCCAAAGUCAAUUGAGCUAUGGAAGGCUUCUCCGUCGCUUGUGUACGUGAUAAGUGACUACUACGUGUAAUAAUGAUAAAAAUAAAUAAUUCUUCAACCUCGG